AUAUAUUCAGCUAAGUGUUGUGUUGUGUUCAGACAACCAUUGCUUUGAUUGCUUCUUCUUCUUCUUCUCUAAGACACUCAUUGCUAUUGAAACAAACAAAACAAGCAUAUCUCAAUGGGUUCUUUAACUAGAGGCUUUUCAAUGUUCAUGAUCAUGUUCUCAAUGUGGCUGCUGCUACUUUCCUUCUCCCAAGCUCUAGAGUUUGUGGUUGGAGGCAAUGACAACUCAUGGAAGGUUCCGGUUCGUUCACAAGAUUCACUCAGCCAGUGGGCUCAGAGUAACCGAUUCAGCAUCGGUGAUUCACUCAUUUUUACAUACGACAACGAAACAGAAUCGGUGCACGUAGUGAAUGAGGAGGACUAUUUAAAGUGCAAGGUAGAGGGGGAAGACCAUGAGGUAUACUUGGAAGGGUAUAACAAGGUGGUGUUUAACAGAUCAGGAUCACAUCUCUUUAUCAGUGGAAAAGAUGAUCACUGCAAGAUGGGGUUGAAGCUUGCAGUGGUUGUCAUGUCUCACAGACACCACACAGAAAUAUUGUCUAGUAACUCGGAUCCGUCAUCACUUUCACCAUCACCUUCGCCGGCUCCUUCAUCUUCAUCUUCACCUACACCUUCACCUUCACCUGCAAGUAAUGGUGUUGCUAGCAUUUCAGGCAGUGGAUUCAUCAUGUGGAUGGGAGUUGCAUUGGUGAUGUUGUUCUUCUUAUAGAUACAUGUUUUCUUCAUAAUCAAUUCUGGCACCAUGAGCUACUUACUCCCCAAAAGUUGGUUUUCAUUUGAGUCUUUGUUACUAUAUGCUGUAUUUGUGUGGUUACCAGGGAAAGUGCUUUUGUUUUUAUUUCGCUUCAUUUAUGUCUUCUUUUGAUGGGAAAGGGGUCUUGAUUUUGCCCUUGAACUUGAAAUCAUAUUUGGAUUUGGGUGUAUUAUUUCGCAUUAAUUAAGUACCUAUAUCUAUAUGCAUAUUUUGUUCUGCACAUGCAGACAGAUGGAUCUAAUCCAGACUUUUUUGUAGUC